AUGUCAGAAACCAAGGGCACGGAUGUGCAGGAACAGAACAUUCCUACUCACAAGAAUGAUGACGCUGAAACAGACUCGGUGGAAAAUAUCUUCCGGGCAGCCGGCAUAGGCGUGGUCGAAGAUGACCCUACACAGCCUGUGUUGACACUCCGGAUGUGGUGUCUCGGGGUGCUCUUCUGCGUCGUUGCCAGUGGUCUCAACACCCUUUAUACCCUCCGCACACCGUCCUUGACCAUUUCAGCAUCGGUCGUUCUCUUACUAGCCUAUCCCUCAGGCAAGCUAUGGGAAAAGACCGUGCCGAACUGGAACGUGCCGUUAGGGUCAUGGGCUUUCAACUUAAACCCGGGCCCUUUCAACCAAAAGGAACACGUCUUGAUCUAUAUCAUGUCAAACUUGAGUGUAUACGUCCGUCUGGGCGCGGAUGUCUUGACGGAACAACAGAUGUUUUAUCGGUACAGUGCAGGCUGGGGGUUCCAGGUCCUGAUCACGCUGGCCACAUUCCUGAUCGGGUUCUCUCUCGCUGGACUCUUUCGUGCAAUCACGGUUACACCAAGGGAACUGAUCUGGCCUGGAGCUUUGGGGGUUACUGCUCUUACUGCAACAUUGCACGGGGCAGAUGAGAGGAGGUACGAUACAUGGAAGAUGUCCCGCUAUGGGUUCUUUUCUCUUGCCUUCGGUAUAUCUUUCUGCUGGUAUUGGUUUCCGGAUUUCAUCAUGCCAGCUCUCAGCUACUUCAGCUUUCCCUGUUGGAUCAAGCCGCAAAGCCGGGUGGUGAACCAGCUAUUUGGAAUGAAGAGUGGAAUGGGGCUUAUUCCCAUCACGUUUGACUGGAGCCAGAUUUCAUAUGUUGGCUCACCCUUGCUCGUUCCCGCUUGGGCGAUAAGCAAUGUCUUUGUAUCGCUGGUCUUUUGGAUCUGGAUUGUGGCUAUUGCUUGUUACUAUACCAAUGUGUGGGACACUGGGUAUCUUCCGUUCCAAAGCUCCAAAGUGUUCGACAACACCGGGAACGUAUAUAAAGUCUCCAAGAUUGUUAAUGCGGCUUCUGGAUACAAGCUAGACGUCAAGAAAUAUUUGGAAUAUUCCCCCGUAUACAUGCCGAUCACAUAUGCCCUGAAUAUGUUUGGACUAUCGUUUGCUAGUCUCAGCGCACUCCUUGUAUGGGUAGUUCUGGAGCACCGUCAUGUUAUGGUGAGGGCCGUCAGGAGGGCGCCACAUCUCCUUACGGACUAUUUUUCAGUUGGGUCGAAGAGUUCAGAGGGCCCUGAGCCCGGUGUUCGGGAUGUCCCAGCCUGGUGGUACCUAGCUUGCUGGCCAUUAGCGUUGUUCAUGGCCAUCUUUGCUGUCGAAUAUUGGGAGGUCGAGCUGAAAUGGUAUGGCGUGUUACUGGCAUGCGCAGUGGCUAUGGUCUUUUAUCCUCCAUUGAGCAUCGUCUACGGAACGUCAAACCUGAAGAUCAACAUCGAUGUCUUCUGUCGCAUCGUAGCCGGCCUUGUAUUUGAAGGGAAGGUCCUGGCCAAUAUCUGGUUUUUCGACCUGGGAUAUAUCACCACAAUCAAGGGAUUAUACUUUGCACAAGACAUGAAGCUCGCGGCUUACUGCAAUAUCCCACAACGAAAGCUGUUCCUAGUACAGGUCGUGGGCAUGAUUGUCGGCACUCUGUCGUCCCUCGGCGUCCUAAACUGGGCGUUCAGCCACAUCGCCGGCGUAUGCACCAGCACCGCAGUCAACGGCUUCAGCUGUCCGUACUCUAGCACGCAUUUCAACACCUCCCUGAUCUGGGGCGCCAUCGGGCCUCGCCGAUACUUUGCCAGCAACAUUGGUUAUUCGUCCCUGCUGUAUUUUUUCAUCAUUGGGGCUGUUCUGCCCAUUGCGGUCCAUUUUCUCCGCCAGCGCUACCCUUCGUCCUUCUGGAAAAAGGUGCACAUCCCACUAUUUGUUGGGGGCCUGAACUACCUCCCGCCCGCUACGGGGAUGAACUACGGCAGCUGGGCUGUCAUAGGACUCCUGUUUGGGGUCCUCAUUCGACGACGGUGGAUAGGCUGGUGGACCAAAUUCAAUUUUGUGCUGAGCUCCGCUCUGGACUCGUCUGUGGGCAUUGCCGGCGUCCUCAUUUUCCUGACGAUUUAUUUUACCGGGGCUAGUAGCCGGUUGAGUUGGUGGGGGACGGAGGUGUAUAAGGUCUGGACCCCCUGA